UACACAAGUACUUGGUAUACACAUAAUAAUAUACGAGUAUACGAAAUGUUGUACCUAUACUUGUAUGGCAUUGAGCACUUCAAAUGCGAUCGCACGUGGAAUGAAAAAUAAUCCUUUGCUCGUACACUCUUAUUAUAAGCGAGUGGAGGUAUAUUAUCAACGAGCGAGGAGAUUCGUCAGAUACGUCUUAUUACAACGCAUUUCAUAUUUUCAUUGUCAAUUGAACACGCUCAUCGCUCUAUACGAUUCGGUGGCGUGAGUUGGGCUAAUUUUUAGCAGUCACAAAAUUCACUCGAAGCGCUCAGGAUCCACCGUGUGGGAUUGCCAUAAGACACACUUAUGUGUAACGACCUGUUCGAUAAUAGUUAUUCGUAUUACUGUGAACUAUAUAUACUAGUUUAAUAUUAACGGGGUUGAAGAAACAUAUUAUAUUAUUAUCUAUAUUUUUGAUAAUACUUACUCCUAACGUGGGUUCGACCAGGCAAACGCGAUGUUGGCAAAUGAUGGCGGCGUCCAGAGAUGGAGCAUAGUACGGCGGAAUUUCUUACCGAGGAUGUCACCGGCCGCCAUGCAGUUGUCUGGUGGCCGAGUGGCAACCGUCGCGAAAUCGUCGUGCGUACUUAUCGACGAGUACACCAGCCACAGCACGGUACACGGAAUGCGAUACAUAUCCAAAGCCGGUCUGCUGGAGAAAUUUUUUUGGAUUACAAUGUUAACCAUUUGUGGACUGUCAGCAUGUUAUAUUGGUAACGAGUUAUGGCUCAAGUUCCGUUCCAUGCCUACACAACUGGCAGUUAAAGAUACCCAUGUGCCUUUGUACGAGUUUCCAUUUCCUUCGAUUACCAUUUGUCCAGCGAUCAAGGUCAAAAAGACAAAAGCUCUUGAAUACUUUUCAAAGUUCAUCAGUAUCGACAACGAUACAAUAAAAACUGAACUAGUGUAUGUAAUGAGCGCUUUAUCGACGAUGCAACAGCCAACUUAUUUUCGAAUGGCAGAAUAUGUAUCGAAGUCCAAACAUUUGUUGCCCUUGUUCAGAGAUAUAAAUUUGACCGAUUUUAUGUUAACCACACUGCCAACAUGUGAUGAACUAUUUGGUCGGUGCAAAUGGCAUGGUGAAAUUAUAUCAUGUUGCGACGACGUGUUUUCACUUCAGAGGACCGAGGAAGGAUUUUGUUAUUCGUUCAAUUCUCUGACUUCUGAAGCAGGAAAACAUUGUCCUCUUUCUGAAGUGUUGGAAAACGAAGGUAUCGUAGAAGAAGAUGACUAUAUGUAUCCCGGAUGUCAACUGAAGAGAAACACCGCCGUAGGUACAGUCACGGGUUUAGAAGUGUUUCUGUAUAAAACAAAUAUGUCUGAAUCGUUGGGCUUGGGACAGCGUGACAAAGACGGUGCUAGGGUUAUAAUUCACACAUCGUAUCAGUUUCCAAACGCGGGAGACGGUAUAUGGUUAAAAUCCGAAGAGGGUCGACGACUAAACAUAAUGAUUUCGCCAGUGAUAACCGUCACCAGCAGUCGAGUAAAAGAUCUAAGCGUGGCGGCGAGGGGCUGCGUGUUUCCGGAUGAAAGAGAGUUAUACAUCUACCAUGUGUAUACGCAGAGUUCGUGUCUGAUCCAGUGCCGUAUGGAAUUUAUCUUGUUCACGUGCGGUUGUCACAUGUAUUUUUUUAUAAAACCCGAUGAUGGGAAACCAAUGUGUGGUAUACCAGAUCUACCUUGCAUAAACCAUAAUACUCGUCACAUUAGAAUGCUAACACCACCCAAAGGCACGCCUGGUUUCGAGUCUCGACUCAUACGCGAUUCCCUGGAUUGUUCACAGUGCUUACCUACUUGUUACGAGACAACGCAUGAAAUCGAGAUGGAGUCGUCUCCGGAUCAAAGAACGUCUACUUGGAAGUUGUUCAGCUAUUUAGAUGUGGCGUAUGGAAACUUGGGUUCCAAAAAAUAUCAAAGGGACAUAACUUUUGCUUGGACCGAUCUUUUGGUGGCACUGGGCGGUGUUGCAAAUUUAUUUUUGGGGUUCAGCAUAUUGAGUGUAGCCGAAUUCGUUUAUUGGACGCUGAAAAUAUGUGUUAACAAAUUCAUUACACUGUACAAAUAGUAUAAAGGUACCUUAUAAGUUAUAUGUAUUGUAUAAGCGCGGAUCAUUAUAAUAAACGUAUACAA